AUGGCAAACGACGAGCUUCAGCGAACCGAGUAUCUAAAUCUCCUUGCUUCACUGCAGCCGGAGCAAGCAGUCAACAUACUCAAUGAUCGCGUCACCCUCAUAACCAAGAUCAACAGCGACAUCGCCGAUUGGCUUCAGGUCAGGACACGUCCGUGUAACACGGUGAACAAGACAUUGACAGACGACAAGGAACGUCGGAAGAUAGAGGAAGUAUAUGUCGCCAGCUUGCGCAAGCUCGCGCGACGGCCUCAACAAGAUGGAGCCGCUCUUGGCAUCUUCCAAAUGCCCUGGCAGCGAAUCGUCUCUGGCACCGAGAAUUUGGCAGCCUCCCACGAGACCCUUGCGACCAAAAUCGAGGCUGAUGUCGAAUACCCUUUGCGAACGUGGGCAUCUCGGAACAGAGGCUUUAAGGAUCUAAGCACGGCACAGGUGAACCUGGGCAACACCGCAAAAGAGUUAUCUGGCGCACAAAGGAAAGCUGCAAAAGGUGGCCGACGAGCGGAUACUGCGAGUUCCACCAUGGAAGACGCUUCGCGACAAUGGGAAUCACAAGCACCGUACGUGUUUGAACAACUACAGGUUGUCGAUGAAUCGCGGGUCAAUCACCUCCGGGACGUCCUUACGCAGUUCCAGACCCAUGAGGUGGACUCGAUUGAGAAGAACAAAGUCAGCGCAGAGUCUUGUCUGGGCGCACUGCUCAACGUGGAGACUGCCGACGAGAUCAAGACAUUCGCUGCCAGAGUCUCCGCUGGCGGAGGGGGCGGCAUUUUGAGAAGACUGAGUUCAGCGACCGCCGGCACUGGUGCCAGACCGACCAGUUCCCUGCGUGCUCCGCCGACGCCUCCUCCACCACGAGGCACGACUGAUAACAACAGCUUACGUUCAAAUUCCCUGGCCGGACAGGGCAGGCUAGCUCCUUUGCCGGACGUGCCACCUCAGAAGAAAGAGAGCAAGCUGGGUGGUCUCAAGCGACUCGGCACUGUGAUGAAUAGACGCAAGAGCACUGCCCCUCCAGUUUCUUCUUCGACGGAAGAGAAACGACGUACGAGAUUUGUGCCAUUUAGAAGAGGCGACUCGUCCCGCAGUUUCCAGGAUCUGGAUGAGUCCGGACAGGAUCUCACUCCAACAGCAACUCAAGACCGACCUGUAACUUCGAUUUCGCAGAAUCGACGAUAUGAACAGCCUCUUCGAGAUUUACCCGAGCCUCCGCUCCCUGUCCCGCAGACAAACGGCGUUAACCAGACUCCAAAUCCGCUAGAGGCACAUCCGACUGGGAAUUCGUAUCAACCUGGUCUGGCAGACACAGUCAGUCCACCAGCUACUCAAGCCAGCAACAACCCGUACCAACAGAUGGCCUUGAAUCAAGUCACCACAGCUGACAGGAAUGAUUCAAUCACCCAGGCACAGCAGGCAUUGUCGGAAGCGUCAGCCUUCGCCUCACCCUCUGCGGACGAAUCAGCUCGGAAUUUCAUGAUUCGUGACAAACCCAUCGAAGAAGACCAGACCGAGGCAGAGCAAGCAAUGGCAAACAUGGCCAACCAACUGCGCUCACAGGCGCAAAACGCCGGCAUUAACCGUGCUCAAGGUAGUAUGCGAGGUCGUCGAGACGUGCGUAAUACCAUGUACGUGCCCAGUAGCACAGACGCCUUGCCACAGAUUACACGAGCUGCUCCGCCCGUCGCCAUACCAGAGAACGUGACAGCACCAGAGAACACACUCGCCUCACCCAUUCAACGACCUCCAGCGAUUUCCGUUUUGCAAGACGACCACAUCGGCUCUGAUACCGCGUCGAUGACCUCCUCCCGAAGUGUCAUCCCCGCAGCUCAACACCCCGACCUCCAUGAGGCAGGUCUCUGCGCCAGUAUAAUAGAGACUGUCCACAGCACAUUCACCGAGACCGGCAUUUCAAAGUCCUUCGUGCUGGGGGAAAUCGCGUUAGCCCAUAAUCCUACCGGUUCACAGAACGCCGACACCAACACCGAAACAAUCCGCAUCCAGCACUUCGAACUCCUCGACAAGGUCGCAGCCAAUCCCAUCUUCCUCCACCAAAUCAAGCCGGCAGAUGGCCAGACGGAAGAGCAAGCAGGCAGCUACACGGUUACGACGACACAACUCCGUCGUCCCACACCGAUGAUCUGCCUCAAAUAUCAACUUCACCUGGAGGAGGCAACCCUCGCGCGAUACUCACCCAUCCUCCUGACCCCAGCGUGGCAGAUCAUCGACGGCCAAGUCAGCGUCAUCGUGCUCUACUCUCUCAACCCAGUCUUCGGGUCCGAAUCACUCACCUUGAAGAACGUCACCAUCAACCUGGGCCUUGACAUCUCUGACCCGACCUUCCCUCGCGCCCAAUCUGCGAUGAUGGCUCCCACGGCCGGCGCGUCCUUCCGGCGCAAAACAUCCAGCGUGGUCUGGCGAUUGCCUGAGUUCGUGGUCAAGCCUGAACAGGAGCGUCUGUUGGUGCGGUUCAUUACCCAGGGAUUGGCCAAGAAAGGUGCCGUCGACUGUCGGUUUGAAAUCCCCGGCCGCACGGCAAGCGGGGUAGGUGUUGAACGGCUGGUGGAGGGUACAGGUGCUAAGGAGGCUGCUGCUGAUCCGUUCGCGGACGGCGGGGACGACGAUGGUGCUGGGGCUGGGAAGAAAGCCUGGGAGAUCGUGCCCGGACGGGCCAAGUUGGUGAGUGGGCGGUACACCGCUAGCUAG